AGGCGCAUGGGACAUGUAUAUAUAGCAAUGACGGACAGAGGUACAAAAUCAUAAGAGGCAAAAUGGCGGUAGCGUUUGUUUUCCAGUUGAUAUUUAUAGGCUUAUUUUCGCUCGCUGCGUCAAUUUCCUCCGAUCCAAAACUAGAAGAUGUUAUCGGACGUUUAAUAGCAGUCGAAAGGAAGCUAUCAGACAGCGAAAAAGAAAUUGAAGCACUUCGUGAAGAUGCAGUUAUUCAGAAAGCGUUCAUAGAAAAACAAGGAACGGAGAUUCGGAAGUUAAAAAGACAUGUUGCCGAUCAAGACGUCAUUAUACGUUCAAACAGGUUGAAGAUAAGUGAUCAUAGCCGAGAGACUGAAAGCCUAAGAAGCAGGCUUCUGCAAAAUGAUAUGGUUAAUCAACAAAUGAAUAUUUCAGAAGAGAAAAAUGGAAGGAAAAAAACUUUCUUUCCUGAUGGAAGACACCAGUCUGUCAUGAAAGAUCACACGGUCAACAUAAGAAAAUCGCUUCGAAGUUUUGCAGUUGGCGGCGGAGUUGCAUUUACAGCAUAUAUGGACCAUGACGGUGAUUUCGGAGCAGAUCAGACCAUUAUAUUCAACAGGGUUAUAACGAACGAAGGCAGUGGCUACAACAAAUACACUGGAGUCUUUACCUGCCCUCAAGAUGGAAUGUACCUGUUUUCCUUCUUUAUUUGGGAGCGAAGCGAUACAGACACGAUUAAACAGGUCCGAGGUGAUUUAACUGUUAACGGCCGGAACAUUGUGGGAUCCGUUUCAGAGACCUGGCAUCACACUGAAGAUGCUCAAGGUGGAAAUUCUGCAGUGAUUAGAUUGAAUCAAGGAGAUGCAGUUUGGAUAAAGGUCCAUUACGGUGGACACAUAGCUGGCAACACAUUGCAUUUCAAUACAUUUACUGGUCUUUAUUUAUACCCAUGAAUGGAGACAAAUAAAAUGAGAGAGUAUA